CUCUCUCCCAGCUCCACUUCAUCACCCUUUUUUGACACACUUCACCCACCGAGGCAGCUGAAAGACACCGCAAAAUGCCGGCGGGUCACGGUCAGAGAGCGCGCACCAGGGAUCUCUUCGCUCGCCCUUUCAGAAAGAAGGGUCCGACCCAUUUGUCGACCUACCUUCGGAUCUACAAAAUCGGGGAAUACGUAGAUGUCAAGGUUAACGGGUCCAUCCACAAAGGCAUGCCCCACAAGUUCUACCAUGGACGCACGGGUCGGGUCUGGAACGUCACCAAGCGCGCUAUUGGCGUCGAAGUUAACAAGCAGGUUGGUAACAGAAUUAUAAAGAAGAGGAUACAUGUCCGUGUGGAACAUGUUCAGCCCUCAAGGUGCCACGAGGAGAUUCUCGAAAGGAUAAAAAAGAAUGACCAGUUGAAGGCAGAGGCCAAGGCACAAGGUAAAAUUAUCAGCACCAAGAGGCAGCCGGAGGGACCCAAGCCUGGUUUCAUGGUGGAGGGGGCCACUCUAGAAACUGUCACUCCCAUCCCAUAUGAUGUCGUCAAUGAUCUCAAGGGUGGUUACUAAGGCCAAUGGCUGGGCUUUUCAUGUUUUUGGACUUCCGUUUUGGAUAUUGUUGCAUUAGACUUGUUCUUUUUUUCUUCACAUAUGUGAUGGACAAUGUUGGCAAUUGGUUUUUGGUCAGAGUGAAAUAUAUAUAUGACAUUAGUACAUGCA